GUGAGAAUACAUCUAUCGAUAUGUAUAUUUUGUGAGGAUCGAGAAAAUGAAUCGAUAAUUUUUAUUAUUUAUCAAAUGUAAUAUAAUAAAGAUAAUGAAUUGAUAUUUCUCUUCUAAUUUGAAUAAAAUAAUUCAUAAUGAAAUGACUAUUGCAUAAUCAUGAAAAAUUUCUUUUUUAGUCGAUAAUCUACCUAACUGUUUACUCUUUCCUAAAAGCAGAAGUAUAUCAUAUUAACAAAUUUAUUAUGGUUGAGUUUGUUCUUCCCAGAAAUCCUAAUGCACUAAUUAUUCCCAUAUGAAAACAAUUUAAUCAAUAGUUAAGACUAUUACACAUAAGUGUAAAGGGAGUGUGUGUUUUUUUAUUAAAAGAAAACUUUAUAUUUCUCUAAUGCAUAAUAAUCAGUUUCCAUUUCAUCUUUGUAUAUUACAUCAUCUAUAUUUACUUUAAUUAAUUAAAUUAACAUGAUUAAUUUACAUCGAUAUUUCUUAUUAACAAUGAAUUAUUUAUUUUAUUCAUGGAUAAUUUGUAUAAACGUUAAUUGUUUCAUUCACUCAAUUCACGAACAACAUUUAAUGGAACAAAAUUAUUCACAAAAUAAUGAUAAUAGUAUUGUUAAUAAUCAUAAUAAUCCAGUUGGUUGUAUAGAUUCAGAUGGUAUAUGGCGUGGUUUAUUUUCUACAUGGAUGGAGAAUCCCACUUGUUGGUGUACAUGUCAACCAGUAUCUAGAAUGGCUGUUAGUGUAUGUGAUGGUUGUGAAAUAAGUAAAUCAAUAAAUAAUAAUAAUAUUAAUAAUUUAAAUAUGAAUCAUAAUUAUGUGAAUGAUAAAAAUUCAUUAAAUAAUGAGUCUUUAAUUGAAGUAAUUAAUCCAUUUGAUACAAUAAAAACAAAUAGUAAUGAAAUUAAUCAAAAAAGAUCAGUUGAUAAUUAUCAUGAUCAUAAAAUAUCAUCAGGAAAUUCUAACUCUUGUUAUUACGCCGUAACUAAUACUUAUUAUCAGCAUAAAGAUAUAUGGAUGUCUGCUGAAGUACCAUGUGUAAAAUGUAAAUGUCAGCACGGAAGUGUACAUUGUGUUGGUGAACCUCAUCAAUGUCCAUCAGUAUGUUUACCUGGUCAAUAUAGUCAACCUGCCGGUCCAUGCUGUCAUACUAUAUGUAAAGGAACAGUAUCGAAAGAUAUUACUUUCGAAUUCGCUAGUUGUUUAAAGAUAGGUGUCGAUACUUUGCAUUCACAUGGUGAAAUGAUUACACUUACUGGUAUUUGUGUUGAUCAAAAAUGUCAAUGCGUCAAUGGCCGAUGGAAUUGUUUCGAUUAUUGUACACCAUUAUCAGAAUUAUCUUGCCCUUCAGAUGAAAUGAUAAUAUGGGAUCCUUUUUGUUGUCCUAGAUGUCGAGGUGAUCAAACAUGUUCAGUAAAUAUUGAUAUGAAAAAUUGGUUAUCCAAUCCAAAUGAAAAAACUAUAGAUACAUUUAAAAGACUUGAUUUGAAUUCAACCGAAUGGUCACAAUCAUUAAAUAAUCAACAAGAAAAAUUAUUAUUUGAACAAAUUACAAAUAUCAAUAGUAAAGUGAAUACAGAAAUAAUUACAAUUCAACCUGGACAACAGAUAGUAUUGGAACAAGGACAUUGUUUUUGUUUAAAUGCAAGUAUUUAUUGCCCAAGGCCAGGUCGCCUAAUCUGGCAUGAGGAUGAUUGUUUUUAUAUGGAUGGACAAGAAAUUUCAUAUCAUGCAGUUGGAACACGAUGGAUUCCAAGUUUUGAUCAUUGUACUGAAUGUAUAUGUGAAAUAAACCGAACAUAUCGUUGUAAACGACAAUCAUGUCAACAAUUAUUUCUCUGUCCACCUGAACAGAUACCAAUGGCUAGUGAAGAUGAAUGCUGCCCUUCAUACUGCGCUCUACCCUCUCAAAAAAAUCGAGAAAAACCAAACAGUUUCAAGCAGGAUAUUCAAAAGAAUGAUGAGUUGAAUACUGAUUCCGUGAAGCAACAAAAUAAAAUGAUCCAGAUAUUAAUGAAUGAAACUAUUCCACAAAAGCCAUCAUCAUCGUUAACACCACGUAACACUGGAUGCUCAUCACUGAUAGACAAUGAAAAUAUUAUACAAUAUCCAGAUGUCUUUCCUUUUGGAUCUCGUCUUUUAUUAUUUCGUACAUGUCGUAGUUUACUGUGUAUAUGUGCCAAGGACAAUAGAUGGGUCUGCACAGAUCACUGCCCACCAUGUGAACAAUCUGUGGAAUCUAUUGAGAAUUUAAGACAUAUAUUACUCCCGCCAAGAGAUAAAUGCUGUGAACUAUGCAAUGAAAAGACAAAUACCAUACACAUAACUAAGCAACUAAGUCAGAAUGAGUUGAAAAGUCAGGAAAAGAUUUUUAUUCAAGCAAAUAAUCAAACAAAUCCUCACUAUUUAAACAAUGAACAAGCAAAUAUUUCUACAGAAAUGAGACUUAAAUUAACACUGAAAAUGUAUAUUUUAAUAUUUAGCAUAAUAUUAAUUUGUAUAUUUGGAUUACCAAUUUCUAUCUUAAUUGGAUGUUAUUUAAUGAAAACUCGGUAUGAUCAUCGUCAUCGCCAUCAAUAUAAACGCAAAAGCGAUUACCAUCAGUAUACUACGACUACUACUGCACCGAAAACAACAAGGUCAAGAUAUCGUCGCUAUUACCAACGGUGUUAUUCACGUGUUAAACCUUUUCUAGUAAAAUCACUACAUGAUUAUAAUAAGGAUCAAUCGGAAUUAGAAGCAUCAAUAAAAUCACCUAUUUCAGUAUCAACGUCGUCAUCAUCGUCAUCAGUGUCACCAUCCUCUUCACCAGUUUUAAUAUUAAAAGAAUCUUAUAAAACAAAUAAUCGAGCGAAUUAUAACUUGACAUCAAUGCCAUCCACAACAAAAAUAACAAAAGUAUCAGAAAAUGAAUGUAAUUCCAAAUCUAUACAUCAUCGUUAUCGUCAGCAUCAUCACCAUUAUAUUCAACAUUUGAAAGCAAACAAACGAGAGAACACUAUCAUCAACAGUGAUGAUAUAAAGUUAAUUCAACCGUCAUCAACAAUAUCUAACACUAAAUUAAAUGAACUUGUUAAUUCAAAUGAUCAUCAUCAUAAUACUGUUAAUUAUGAAAAUCAAAAUAGUAAAAGUUAUAGUCCUAUUAAAAAAUUUAAUGAUUAUAUAUUUCCAACAAUGAAUACAACUGUAGCAAAAAUUACUAAUUCACCUAUGAUUAUUAGAUUGAAAUCAUUGAAUGAAACAAAUUAUACAUUGAAAAAACAACAAAAUCAGUCAACUUUAAUUAAAUCACUUUCUAUAAAUGAUGAUAGUAACAAUUGUAAUAUUAAUAAUGUUGAAGAUCAUCAAAUAAUUGAAAGUAAACAUAUAAAAGAUACAAUUCUACAACAAUAUGACAACAAUAAAAGAAAUAAUAUUAAAACAAUAAAAGAAAUAACAACAUCUAGUUCACAAGAUAAAACAAACUGUAAAUCAACAAAUCAACAAAAAAGUUCAAAAGAAAUUUUAUUAAAAAAUUUGAUAUUAUCAAUGGAUACUAAUUAUCAUCACCAAAAUAAUAACAAUAAUAAUAAACAUAUUACUUAUAACAAUGAUAAUAAUAAUAAUAGUCAAUGUAUAUCACAUAUAAAAAGUGAACCAUCUACACCAAAUAUUUUUAUGCAUAAUGUAACAUUUAAUUCGUAUUAUUCUACUACAUGUUCAUCGCCUUGUUGUUCACCUAGUCCAAUAACAGUAAAUGAUUAUAACAGUUCACAAGAUAAGACUACAAUAACAACUGUUUUAACUAUGAAUAAUAAACACAUGAAUUCAAUUGAUAAACAACAAAAUAAAUUAAACCAAUUGGAGAAUGGUGAUAAAAAAGAGGUAAUAAUCAUGCGAGAAAACAUGACAUCAUCACAAAUAAUUGAUAAUCAGUUGAAUAAUCAAUAUGAAUCUGAUACGAUCAAAAUGAAACACGAAUACAAUCAGAAUAAUGCACCGAGAACAAUUGAAAAUAUAAUAAAACAACAAAUAGAGAACUCGAAUCACCAGCAUCAUCAAAUAAUAUGUGAUGAAAAGAGUUUAAAUAAUGAAAUAUGUUGUACUACUAAUAAUAAUAAUAAUGACAAUAAUAAUAAUAGUGAUAAUAAUAAUGACGAUAUUUUAUUGACACAUUUACUAACUGAAUCGAAUGAAAACAUACCAUUGUACACUUGUUAUUAUCAACAAUGUAAUAACACUAACACUACUGAACAGUUUUACAAUAUUCCUAAAAAGCAGAACACUUGGUCAAAUGGCAGUAGUAACAGUGAUAGUCAUGGACCAGUCACAUGGCCAACUAUACAGCAUUUCACAUCUCAUCCUAUUCUACACAGAUAAAUACACAUACUUAUAUAUUUAAAAUUCAAAAUGUAGGUAACAGUACACUCAUCAUUACUUUCAUCAUCAUUUUUAUAUUACACACUUAUUGUUACUAUUAUCAUUAUCAGCAUAUCAUCAUCUCCAGUAAUGAUAUCAAAAUUUAAUUAAUAACCAAGCAGUUAAAACCGCUCAUUCACACACAUAUCCACACACAUUACAGCUUUGUCUACACUUCUAUCAACUUUUAUUCUGUUUGAUUUGUUUUUCUCCGCUGUUUUUUUUUCUUUUACACAUACAGAAAGAAAACGAAAGACAAAAAUUGGACCGUAAAAAAACACAUGUUCUAAUGAAUAAAAGCGUUAAGAUCAUUACCAUAUUUUUUUACGUCUUCCAGAUGAGAUUUUUAUUGCAUAACUCAUAAAAACUCUUAUUCUGUUAGCAAUUUUCUAAGCAAAUUAGCUAGCCUAAUAA